UCUCGCGCUUUCUCUCUCUCUCUCUCUCUCACCCAGUGUUUCGAAUUUUGAAAUGUCGAAUUUUGCAGAGGCGAGGAGCGACACUUGUUAAGAGAUAGAUAGAAAGCGCGUAAUUUUAUCUUCGAAGGUUCGCAUUGUUAUUAUUCUCUCUUGAGCUCGCGGGAAGAAUCGAAUCGAAUAGAAAUGGCGGCAUACAGAGCCGACGAUGAUUACGACUAUCUAUUCAAGGUGGUUUUGAUCGGCGAUUCAGGUGUCGGGAAAUCCAAUCUUUUAUCCAGAUUCACCAGGAAUGAGUUCAGCCUUGAAUCUAAAUCUACGAUCGGUGUUGAAUUUGCUACGCGGAGCAUUCACGUUGACGAUAAGGUCGUCAAGGCGCAGAUUUGGGAUACAGCCGGCCAAGAAAGAUACCGUGCAAUUACGAGUGCGUACUAUCGAGGAGCUGUUGGUGCACUGCUUGUAUAUGAUGUUACACGUCACGUUACAUUUGAGAAUGUGGAGAGAUGGUUGAAAGAGCUUAGGGACCACACCGAUUCAAACAUUGUGAUCAUGCUUGUGGGAAACAAGGCUGACCUGCGUCAUCUGCGAGCUGUUUCUACCGAGGAUGCAAAAGCUUUUGCUGAGAGAGAGAACAACUUCUUCAUGGAGACAUCUGCCCUGGAAUCCAUGAAUGUAGAAAAUGCCUUCACAGAAGUGCUCAGUCAGAUCUAUCGUGUUGUCAGCAGGAAGGCUCUUGAUAUUGGGGAUGACCCUGCAGCUUUGCCCAAAGGACAGACAAUCAAUGUGGGCACGAAGGAUGAUGUAUCAGCUGUCAAGAAAGUUGGAUGCUGCUCUACCUAACCAAAGAAGGACGUGGAUAGAGGUUUGGUGUUGAAUGUAUAUCCCACUGCUCUGCUUCGGAAUUCCUCAUUCUCUGUGAUGCUGUUCCUGAUAGUAUUUCUUGAAUUUUUGGGCACAACACCACAUGGAAUGCACUCUCGAACAUAGUUUUACAGUCAAAUCUUAUCAAGCAUUGUAUGAUUAAAUUUGUGUAGGGCUAGCCAAAAUGUUUUAAGGAUCUAUAGAAAGUUGGAGGGUGUUGGGUAAUUCUCUUUGCAUCCGAGGCAGACUCCUUGCAAUUUAUCUUAUUCUCCUUUUCCUUCUCUUUCUUUGGAGUUCAUGUCAAUGUAAUACUUUGAUUUUUAAUUACCACAGGAUUUUGUUAUAUUUGGUUGCUUUGGACUACAGAUGUAUUCGGAAGCUAAUGGAAAGACAUGGAGAUUAGUUCUUAUAAUUUAAAAUGGAAUAUAUAUGUAAUGCGCAUUCUC